AUGCAUGGUGCACUUGUAUCCCAUUUUGAUAACUGUCAUCAUUCUGAGAGUUGUAUUUGUAAACCAGUGCGAGGGCUAUCUGUUAUUGAUAUAUGUAACAAGGGAAUCAUAGGAGUUUGUGGUAAGGGAGAUAAUAACAGAGUAAGCUCCGACAAAUCUGAAGAUAUGCCAAGGUAUUUGAAGCGGUUGAAGAGGUUAGAAAUUCAAUAUUCAUUUGAAAGUCGUUUUUCUUGUGCAAGGGAUCCUUCAAUGGAUCAACCCUUUGCUCCUGAUGGACUUCCACACUUGCACGGAAGUUUCAAAUCUCCUGUAUAUAUUGAUUCUGAGUGUACUACGAUGAACAUGGACCUGCUACAAAGAAGUCCUUCCCAGGUCAGUAGUGGAAAUAGCAAUGAUGUCAUUGAUACAUCUGAAAGACAGAAUAAGGAGAAUGUGUCCAGUUCCCCUGAAGUGGUCAUUGUUGAUCAUAAACCAGAGGAGAUGAAGCUUACAAGCCAUAGUGACAUCAGAAAUAAAGUCCCAGAUGAUUCUGCUACACAUACUUAUAGGAAUUUGCCUGUUCCCUCGGAAGAGCUUGUUGCUCAUGAAAAAGAGGGUAUACAGGUCAGGGCCAAGUUCAGUGAGUCCGCACCAGGAAUUAAAUCAGAUAAAUCAAUUAAAAAAUCUGUUUCUAUGAUUGAACAUUUCACAGCAAAGCAACUAAAGGAACAUAUAUCGAGUCUUGGCUGGUGUACUGAUCAGGAAGUAGGAGAAAACACUAAUGCACAUGGUGCAAGGGAAAACUUGUGCCAGUUGUGUGGCAUGGAGAACCUUUCAUUUGCAGCAGCACCAAUAUAUUGUUCAUCUUGUGAUGGCCGUAUCAAGCCCAGGGUGGCUUAUUACUGCACUCCAGAUGGUAGUGGUACAUGUCAUUGCUUCUGUACUUCAUGCUAUAGGAAGGCCAGAGGUUCACUUGUAACCCUAAAUGGAACUGUUAUCACCAAGGCAGUGCUGGAUAAGAAGCGGAAUGAUGAGGAAAAUGAUGAACCAUGGGUUCAAUGUGAUAAAUGUGAUGGGUGGCAGCACCAGAUAUGUGCUCUCUUCAAUGAUAAAAUGGAUUUGGACGGAAAAGCUGAGUUUAUUUGUCCAAAUUGCUACUUGAAGGAAAUGGAUAUGGGGAAGCACAGGCCCCUACCAUCAGGUGUUUCUUUUUCUGCAAAAGAACUUCCAAGAUCAAAGCUUAGUGAUCACAUAGAGAAGCGGCUUUUUAGGCGUCUCAAGGAAGAAAGAGAAGAUAGGGCUGAGAUGGAAGGGAAGAGCAUUGAUGAGGUACCUGGAGUAGAAGAUCUCGUUGUUAGAGUGGUUUUCUCCAUCAACAAACAGCUAAAAGUGGGGAAGUGGCUUUCAGAUAUGUUUCAUGACGUGAACUAUCCAUCUGAAUUCCCAUACAGAUCAAAGGUGAUUCUCUUGUUUCAGAAGAUUGAAGGGGUAGAUGUCUGUCUUUUUGCAAUGUUCGUCCAGGAGUUUGGUUCUGAAUGCCAUCACCCAAAUCAGCGCUGUGUUUAUAUUUCAUAUCUUGAUUCUGUCAAGUACUUCAGGCCUGAGACAAAAACAGUUACUGGAGAAGCUCUUCGUACCCUCGUUUACCACGAAAUAUUGAUAGGGUACCUUGAUUACUGCAAGAAGCGAGGUUUUGCUAGCUGCUUUUUAUGGGCUUGUCCCCCUGUGAAGGGAGAGGACUAUAUUUUGCAUUGCCAUCCAGAGAUUCAGAAAACACCAAAGUCUGAUAAGCUGCGGCAAUGGUAUGAAUCGAUGCUGAGAAAAGCAGGAGUAGAAGUCAUCACGAAUUUAACUAAUUUGUAUGAUCAAUUCUUUGAACUUCCUGGAGAUUGCAACACCAAGGUAACAGCAUCUCGUUUGCCACUUUUCGAUGGGGAUUAUUGGUCAGGCGUUGCAGAGGACAUGAUCAGGAAUAUUGAAGAAGAAAGUGGAGAGGGAUUGCAGAAAAAGGUCAAUAAACUACUAUCAGAGAGAAGUUUAAAAGCCAUGGGACAGACCAAUCAAUCUAAUGAUGCUGCUAAAGAUAUUCUACUGAUGGACAAAUUGGGGCAGACUAUAUUACCAAUGAAGGAAGACUUUAUUGUGGCUCACUUGCAAUUUGUUUGUACACAUUGCCAUAAAGUGAUACUCUCUGGAAGCAAAUGGUGCUGCAGUCAAUGCAGAAAUUUUCAGCUGUGUGAAAGAUGCCAUAACACUGAGCUUGGCCAGAAUCAGAUAAAUGCACAUGUUUUCAACAAGAAGGGAAGGCAUAUUAUCUCUGAGGUUCUGGUGAAAGAUAUUCCUUUUGAUACAGAGGAUAACGAUAUUUGUGUAAAUAAUGAUUUCUUUGACAAUAGACAAGCUUUCUUGAGUUUCUGUCAAGAAAACCACUAUCAAUUUGAUACAUUACGGCAAUCCAAGCAUUCGUCUAUGAUGAUUCUAUAUCAUCUUCAUCAGUCAUCUGUGGUAUCUGUUAGGGGCACAGAGAGUAAAGAGGAGGCCAAGCAGAGAAAAGCAGAAUUGUCGGCUGUUGGUUGUACAGAGCUUCAUAGACAGCAGCGUUAUUUUAUUGCAGACCCAUUACUGGCAGCUUAUUCUCUGCUUUAUCUGUAUCGUUUGGUUGCUCUGAGUCACCCGUCUUCGUACCCACGUUGCCUUCAAAUCAAAAGGCUGUUCCACCAUGCAAGUAAAUGCAGUCUUCGAGUUUCUGGAGGUUGUCAACCCUGUAAGAAGGCCUGGUUGAUACUGAUUAUGCACUCCAAGCGUUGUGGAAGUUCAGAUUGCAAAGUACCACGGUGCAGAUUCUCAGUUGAUUUUUUGCUGAGAUUAUUGGUUGUCAUUGUUGAAUAUUUUGCUCUUCACUGGUCUAUAGAUAGGGAAAGAUUUAUCUGUUGUGUUGGCGGUUGGAAGUGGUCACACAAGGAACCGAAGGCACAGGAGGAGGAAGAGGUGAGUCUGGAGCUGCAGAAUUCAAGAGGGCUUCUAGAUGAAGAGGAACUUGGGGAUCGGGGGAAGGAUCUGAGGAUAGAUGCAAAGAGUCACUGCAAGGCAAACAUGGUGAACUCGUUAAUGAAUGAGAAGAACCAACAUUAG